AUGCCGCAGCGGAAAAAGUCCACAAGCACGGAGUCCAGCAGUGGCAGUUCGACUGACUCCAGUUCCAGUGGGACGGAUUCUUCUGGAGGAUCCGAUUCCGGAAGUUCAAGCAGUGAAAGUGAUUCAUCUAGCUCAAGAGAACCGUUACCUCGUCCAACCAGUAGCAACAACUCCGCACUUCCCGGAGCAACGAGUGGAAAUGUCACACAAUCGAAAACGAAUGACAAAAUUGUAAGACGACGAAGUUCCGAGGUCGGAGGGGCUACAAUCAAACCCGGCAGUAAGCCAGAUGCAGCUAAGGAAAAAUCACUACCACUCAAACAACAAAAACUUUCUAAAAGUUCUAUUUCAUCGAGCGACGACGAUGACUCAGGGCCCGAUACCAGCAAAUCGACUACGGCUGGCAAAAAAGGUCCAAAUACUGAAAUAGGAAAGAAAAAAUCCAAUGUUGCCUCUGUUCAGGGCAAGGAAAGAGCAACGGGAUCGUUACCGAUCGGUGGUGGUAAGGUUCCACCGUCCGUCAUUAAACAGCAACAUCAACAGCACCAUCAAAAUGCAGCUCCCGCAACAAAGGGCGCCGUAAAGGCUAGUACGGUAGUAAAAAGUUUACACAAAUCAAACAACAACGGUGCCAGUGCAGGAACGGGGGUGAAAAAACCGACUGCAAAUGCGGCUCAAUCACUAACGACACCUGCCAGCAAGGGCAAAAAGAAGAGUAUAUUUUCGCCGGUCAAUUCAUCGGAAUCGGAGGUGGAAACGACACCGGAAAAACCGGACUUACAAGAUAGACGGACGUCCAGUUCCAGCUCUACCAGUGGGAAUGUCGCUUCGGCUACGAACACGGGAGCGGGUUCCGAUGUGUUUGACAAGAAUCCUGCCGGAAGUGGUACCACUGGUACUGCUGCAUUGCAGCGUGGGCGUGGUCGUCCUCGAAAGGCAUCGCAAGUUGGUACACAAAACAUCACGGGAUCAAAACCGGUCGGGCAGGUAAAGCCACAGGUGAGCGGUUCGAGUGGUAUAACCAAAGUUGCCAGCCCAACCGCCGUUCCAUCGUCCAAGUCGAUUAAAUCCCCCAUAAGGGCACUCUCCUCAGCCACGUCUAGUUCGAGUGAAUCAUCCUCAAGUGGAUCAUCGGACACGGAGACGGAAUCCUCCGAUGACUCGUCGCCGUCGAUCAGUGCAGCAGCUGCACAGAAUUACAAGAAGUCCACCAACACGAUGAAACGGGUGCUCGAAAGAACUCCACAGAAGAAUGACACGAAGGAUGGUACCGCUGCUGGUUCGGACUCGGAAACGGAAACGUUGAAACAAACGAGAAAAUUAACUCGCUCGGCAAGCACACGCAAAUCAAAACAUUUGCUUGGCAAGAACGCCUCCGAAACGGAUUCCGACGUAGACAGUGUGAAGAAUGCCGCCUCGAAGAGUCCGGUCAAGAAAGCUCCCACCGUUCCGUCGAAAGGUAAGGCAAAAAAUAAUAUUGCCAACGCGUUGUCCAGCAAACGGGCGAACGAUAAACCGAACACGAAAGAACUGCUCAUCGAGGAAGCGCCGAUCGAGCGCCGUUGUCCGCUGGAAAAGUGUGACUCGCUGGGGCACAUGGGAGGUCAGUCCGAGAAACAUUUCACCCUGGAGGCGUGCCCAAUGUACCACAAUAUGACGAUCGACCAAACGAAGCAACUGCUGCACGAGCGCAAACUACGUGAGGACGAUCGGCGACGAUCAAUUCCGGUGUACGAGAAUUCGAAAAAGAUUCAAACACCGGAACAGAAGCUGUACGCUCAAAAGAUCCGUGACUUGCGGGCACGCUUCAAACCGUCCUCUCCACCCCCGAUGGCGGAACGUCCAAAACCGUUGAUCGAUCGCGAAGGAAAUGAAGUUAAGCCCGAACCCAACAUCGAAGGCAUUGUGCCGGACUAUGAUCUGCAGUUGUUCCGCGAAGCGCAAGCACUGGCUAGUGAAAGUAUUGAAAAAGAGCUAGGCGACAUGGUGACCGGGAAAGGUACGAAAUACAUCUCUAUGGGACGGCACUGUAUGCAGGUGUGGUACCAGUCGCCGUAUCCGGAUGAUGCGACGCGAUUACCAAAGCUGUAUCUGUGUGAAUUCUGCCUGCGGUAUCAAAAGUCGGAAGUGGGAAUGAAGCGCCAUGCGGCCAAAUGUGUCUGGCGGCAUCCACCGGGUGAUGAGAUUUACCGCAAGGGCAAGCUUGGCGUGUGGCAAGUGGAUGGUAAACGGCACAAGCAGUAUUGCCAGCAUCUAUGUUUGCUGGCGAAAUUCUUUCUCGACCAUAAAACGCUGUACUACGACGUGGAACCGUUUCUGUUCUACGUGAUGACGCUGGCCGAUAGUGAUGGCUGCCAUACGGUGGGGUAUUUCAGCAAGGAGAAAAAUUCAUUCCUCAACUACAACGUGUCGUGUAUCCUUACAUUACCACCGUACCAAAGGAAGGGCUAUGGCCGGUUGCUGAUCGACUUCAGUUACCUAUUAACACGAGUGGAAGGUAAAAUUGGCUCUCCAGAAAAACCUCUAUCUGACCUGGGAUUGAUAUCCUACCGCUCGUAUUGGAAGGAUGUAUUGUUAGCCUACUUAUGCUCUCGACCUGGGACUACUCUCAGCAUAAAAGAUAUUUCACAGGAAAUGGCAAUAAAUUCCUACGAUAUUGUCAGUACACUGCAGGCUCUUGGUAUGAUGAAAUACUGGAAAGGGAAACACAUUAUUCUGAAAAAACAGGACGUUCUGGAAGAGUACGAGGAACGUGUAAAGCGUCGCGGCAACAUGCCCAAGAUUGAUCAAUCUUGCCUAAAAUGGACACCAUUUGUUGCACCCACCCCGUCAACGCCAUCAUCCUAG